CCUGUAAACUGUUUGCUGUGUCAUGGUGCUCCAGUUCCUGCUGGCUUUCCUCCUAUGGCUCUUAUUCCUCCAGAGAGCGGCCAGCUGCCUUCAGUGUGACCCCCGUUUCUUGAAAUCAGUGGCAACUCUGCUGAAGGAGACACUGCCAGCAGACCUUCCAAACCGUGAUUCCCUGAUGGCACGGCACAUCCAGGCCUUGGCAGAUCUGCAUGGCACCUUCCUUCGGAGGAAUUACGAGCGAGUGCUAGAUGUCCGAGGUGCGAUGGCGAUCAAAUCGGACGUUAUUAGCCAGUUGAGAACCAUUAAGAGUAAGCAGUGGAAAGGAGUUUUUCUGUGGCAGCUUUCUAUGUACCAGCUACGCUUAACCCUGAGAAAGAAGAUUCACCAGAUUCUGGAGAAAUUUGCUGAUCUUGGUACCAAUCCUGAAGGUUUUGCAGCAGUGAUAGAAGGACCUGUUUUGGACUGCUGGACAUGUCUGCGUAUCACCACACAGUGUUUUGAUGGAGAAGUCUGUGGAGUGGAAGACAGACGUCUGGCAGAAUACAAUGAAAUUGUUCUUUACGUGUUCCUUGUUUGUGAGUCUGUGAUAACAACCUCAAUCAUACUUGUGUGAGUAACCACCUCUGCCAAGUUCUAUGAAUUUUCCCAAAUAAUCAGGAAUACACAUCCUUAGAUUAAUUCUCCUUACUUACCUUUGUUCCUAAAGAAACCACAGGGUAUU